UACAAGCCCCAGGGACACCCGCGACGGCGCCUGCGGAAGUCUGAGGUGGAAACGAGCCAGAGCAUCGCUUGGGAAGAAGCAGGGUUUCACGCCUCGGGGGUCCAGGCGUGGGUCUUAUCCCGCAGGCCCUUGGACAACUCUGCACGGGAGCAACUAUGAACUUGGAGCGAGUGUCCAACGAGGAGAAGCUGAACCUGUGCCGGAAGUACUACCUGGGCGGCUUUGCUUUCCUGCCGUUCCUGUGGUUGGUCAACAUCUUCUGGUUCUUCCGGGAGGCCUUCCUCGCCCCGCCCUACACGGAGCAGAGCCAGAUCAAGGGCUAUGUCUGGCGCUCAGCUGUGGGCUUCCUCUUGUGGGUAAUUGUACUCACCACCUGGAUCACUAUCUUCCAGAUCUACCGGCCCCGUUGGGGAGCCCUUGGGGACUACCUGUCCUUCACCAUACCUCUGGGCACCCCCUGAGGCUUCCUUCAUAGGCCUGGGUGGGGGGGAGGGGUCGGCUUAUUCUCCCAGGAUGGAUUCUUCCACUCAAGGCUCACCCUUGAACCCACUAAGACUUCUUCUCUCCCGUGAUUUUGGCUGAUAUCCCACAAUAAACAGCUCUGAUUCUCAA